GCCCCUCCAACCGGAAGUGUGUGUCUGUUCAGUGCAGCUAGUUCCUAGCUACAAGUUCAUGAUGUCCAAGUACAAAACAGUCAUUUGGCCUAAAGUGGUUUUAUUUGGGGACUCCAUCACGCAGUUUUCAUUUCAAGCCAAUGGUUGGGGUGCAGAAAUAUCCGACAAACUAGCAAGAAAGUGUGAUGUUGUCAACAGAGGGCUGUCUGGAUACAACUCCAGAUGGGCCAAGAUCAUUCUUCCUCGCCUCAUCGACAGUCAAAACUCAGCAGACAACAACAUAGCUGCUGUCACUGUCUUCUUUGGAGCCAACGACUGUGCACUGGAAGAUAAAAACCCCCAACAGCACAUCCCUGUGCAGGAGUAUUCAGAGAACCUGAAGGACAUCACCACGUUUCUGGCUUCAGCUGGAGUGUCAGCGGACAGAGUGAUCUUCAUCACUCCUCCACCUGUUCAUGAGGCAGCCUGGGAGAAAGAGUGCAUGUUGAAAGGAUUUCCUCUCAAUCGCCACAACUCUGUAGCGGGGCAGUACGCCCAGGCGUGUGUCCAGGCUGCCGGUCAGUGUGGUACAGAUGUCCUGGACCUCUGGACACUCAUGCAGAAAGAUGGACAGGACUACACAGUCUACCUGUCAGACGGGCUGCAUCUCUCAGAGAAGGGAAACCGGUUUGUGGCUGAGCACCUGUGGGGGCUGCUGGAGAGUCGUGUGGCCGACCUGCCCUUCAUCCUGCCCUACUGGGGGGACGUUGACACCAAGAGCCCUGAGAGCAGCCUCCUCUGUGACCAAUGAAGGACUUUAGGUUUAGAAAAACAUCUUCCUUUAACAUCCUGCAGUGCUGGAUAUUCUGAGAACAAUGUAUUGCACUUGUUAGAAAUUACUUUCUGAGACCCUGACACUGAACUGUAUUCCUAUGAAACAACUGUGGUUUGUUUUUGUAAAACAUGAGAUCAUGGUUUAAUGUUUAAAAUGCACAAUAAAGAUUUUUAUUUUGA